UCCAAUACUUCAAUCACCUAGUUUUUUUACAAAAGUACACAACACAAAUAUCAUUUGUUUAUUCAAUCUAAAUAUUGUUGUUAUUUCGUAAAAAAAAAAAAAUGCCAACAAGACCAACAGGUGCAUUUACACAAGAUUGGGAGCCAGUAGUGCUCCAAAAAUCAAAACCAAAAUCACAAGUCCUGCGUGACCAAAAAUCAAUAAACCAAGCAAUAAGAUCAGGUGCACAGGUCCAAACGGUCAAAAAGUUCGAUGGCGGGUCGAACAAGAAACAACCGGCGACCGCGGUCUACGCUAGGAAGCUAGACGAGGCCGCGGAGCCGGCUGCAUUGGAGAGGGUAGCAACAGAGGUGAGACAAAUGAUUCAGAAGGCGAGAAUCGAGAGGAAAAUGAGUCAGGCGGAAUUGGCGAAACAGAUUAAUGAAAGGCCGCAGGUUGUUCAAGAAUACGAGAAUGGAAAAGCGGUUCCGAAUCAGAGUGUUUUGGCUAAGAUGGAAAAAGUUCUUGGUGUUAAACUUAGAGGAAAGAUUCAUAAGUAAUUAAUGAUGGUCGUUUUUUAAAGUCGUACGGUGAUCUUUAAAAAAAAAAAAGUUUGGUAUGUAAUGAUUUUAAGAUAGGAAUAAUGAUAUGAUGUUGUGAAUUUGGGAACUUUUUAGUGAUUGCUAUAUGAUGAUGGUGGUUUCAUAAUUAUUUGUAUGGUUUAAUUAAUGGAUAGUUUGCUUAAAA